AUGGGUGGAGGCGGCAACGACAAGGCCGAGGCCGAGGCUCUCGAAGUCGCGCGUGCCGGCGGCCACCAAGUAGAUACGUUGAUUGGGGAGAUGGAGCAAGAACUCGAGGCUUCUGGUGGCCUGAAGCGAGGCUUCUUUAACCUCGAGUUUAAGGAUCCAAAGCACUUCACAUGGCUGCUGGUAGCGUUUGCCAGUAUGGGUGGCCUUCUUUCCGGGCUGGAUCAGAGUCUCAUUUCCGGCGCAAAUCUGUACCUCCCAAAGGACUUGGGUCUCACGCCACGAGAGAACAGUCUAGUUAACUCCGGCAUGCCACUUGGUGCAGUGGGCGGUGCGCUGAUCCUGUCGCCUGCCAACGAGUAUCUUGGCAGAAAAGGCGCAAUAUAUCUGUCCCUGGUCUUGUACACUAUUGGAGCAGCUCUAGAAGCUGGUGCUAUUGACUUUGGCAUGAUUGUCGCAGGCCGUGUUAUUCUGGGUCUCGGAGUCGGCUUAGAAGGUGGUACGGUUCCCGUUUACGUUGCAGAAACAGUCGAACGCCGCAUCCGUGGUAACCUGGUUUCGUUGUACCAGCUCAUGAUUGCCCUUGGAGAAGUUCUUGGCUAUGCCGUUGCCGCCAUAUUUCUCAAGGUCCCUGGUAACUGGCGAUAUAUUCUCGGCUCCUCCUUAGUAUUUUCUACCAUCAUGUUUUUCGGAAUGCUCUUCCUACCCGAAAGCCCACGUUACCUCAUGCAUAAAGGCAAGGCUCUUGAUGCCUUCAAGGUUUGGAAACGUAUUCGAGGUGUUGAGACGACCGAGUCCAAGGAAGAAUUUUACGUAAUGGCUGUCGCGGUACGUCAAGAAGCCAGCACUGUUACAGAGGUGGCCAAAAAUCGACGCUUCCCAUGGAUGGACUUUUUCACUGUUCCUCGUGCCCGCCGAGCCCUCAUCUACGCGAAUAUCAUGAUUCUCCUGGGGCAGCUCACUGGUGUUAAUGCCAUCAUGUACUACAUGUCUGUAUUGAUGAGCCAGAUAGGAUACGAAGCCGAAAAGGCCAAUUACAUGUCCUUGGUUGGCGGUGGUUCCUUGCUGAUUGGCACAAUCCCGGCCGUUUUCCUCAUGGAAACUUGCGGUAGACGGUUCUGGGCCAUCAUGAUGUUGCCGGGUUUCUUCAUCGGCUUGGUGCUGAUUGGUAUUGGAUACCAGAUUAACAUUGAGACGCACACCAUGGCUGCGGAGGGCUGUUAUCUCACCGGACUGAUUAUUUACAUGGCUUUCUUUGGUUCAUACGCUUGCUUGACAUGGGUCGUGCCGUCCGAAGUCUACCCAACGUACCUCCGAAGCUACGGCAUGACCACUUCCGAUGCCCUUCUCUUUUUGGCCUCCUUCAUUGUCACCUACAACUUCACUGCCAUGGAGGAAGCAAUGACGCGCACUGGCCUCACUCUCGGGUUCUACGGCGGUAUCGCUGUUCUCGGCGAAGUCUACCAAGUGUUCUUCAUGCCUGAGACAAAGAACAAGACACUGGAGGAGAUUGAUCUUGUGUUCCAGCGACCAACCAUGGAUAUUGUGAGAGAGAACUGGGCCGGGGUGAAGGAGAACAUGACGGAUCUAUGCCACGGACGUUUCCGAAAGGUCUUUGUUGCCCAGACUGAUCGCCGACCAAGCGUUGACGAGUUGGAGAAACCUGUUGCGUAA